CUAUCCAGAUAGACGUGGCUACAUUACUAUCUUGGGUCAUAACCUACAAUACUGUAAACUUUACCAAAGUACAUGGCCCUGUGAGCAGUUGUUAGUUACAAUUGUACUUCUGGUGCGUGUGCUUCUGAAAAAAACUUUGUUCCAUGCAUCAUAUUUGAGAGGCAAGCUGUUAGCUUGUAAUUCCCAACUGUACUGCUGCUGAAUAAACCUCCAGUCAUCCUCACCAUUCAUACUUGUCUCGCUAGAUUUCGUUGUCAUCUGCGAACCACUUCUUUGUUCAGCUCGUCAUUCAGGGAGCAGACUUCUGCUGGGUUUCUCUGCCCCACGUUAUCUGUACAAGACACUGAACAAUUGGAUUUACUAGUAUUUGACACUUCUGCACAGACGCGGGUAGCAGCAAGACUCUGUGUCAAUCAUGUCGUCGUACUACGCAAAUGUCACCAUCUAUGCCCAAGCUACAAAGUCCCUUGCUCAGCUGGACAUUCUGGUCUGUACCUUCUUCACCUGUGUCUUCCAGAACCACAGCGACAACUGCUCCGUGGCCUAUUCCAUACCCCAGAUGGACCAUCUUCUGAUCUGGGAUAAAACGGGACCAUCUCCCUGGGCACCAAUGAACGAAUCCUUUGAUGUACCAAGCAAUGAAAGAUACAAACUGUUGAACCACUCAUUGCGAAUCCUUGCUUUAAAGAAUCCGGCACAGGCUGACCAGCUUGUGUAUUCCAGUACUCAGACUGUGUUGUAUGGUUUUGUCCUGCCUGUCCUGAAACUAUUAGGGAUCCUAUCCAUUCUGUCUUUUUACUUUACCCUUUGCAGAGUUCCCUCCAUGCGGAAUAUCACUAAUUUCUAUCUGACUAAUUUGGCUGUUGCAGAUUUGAUGGUCUUGAUUUCAGAGGCCACUCAUGAGCAAUGUGUGGCUUUGACAACACAGAAUAAAUUGGAUGUAUCAUAUUUGGGGAACUCAGCCCAAGCAGUUCUUACUCUCUUAGCGUACACUGGGGAUGUGGGUGUUAUUUCAUCUAUAGCCUUUGUAACACUGCUGUCGUAUGAUAGAUAUUUUGCCAUUUGUCACCCUUUCCAACACCGUAAUCUCAAUCUGAAGCGACGGGCAAUACGUGCAGCAGUUUGCAUAUGGUUUCUGUCUUUUUCCUUGAAUUUGAUUUAUUUCGUUUCUCAGUUUCUACGAUUUAAUGUACCAUUAUUUAAAUGUCUUGUUUGGCCAACUGAAGAAAAGUAUAAACAUCUAUCAGGUAAUGUGUGGGUGUUUGGGAAUAAUGAUGAUGCAACUUUGGGCACUUUGAGUCUGGUUUUACAUUACAUGUUUUUCUGUGCAUUCAUGUUGAGUUCGAUCCUCACAGUCACUUUCAAUAUGCUCCUUAUUAAGGGACUGCAUGCACCAAAUCCAACUGGUGAUCAGAUCCGUGGUCCGUCAAAACAUCUACGAAGAGUAACUCUGAUACUUGGCAUCAACACAGCCGUGGUAUUUGUCUGUCUUCUGCCUCAAGCUAUAUGUGCCCUAAUUGUAAUUUUAUCCCAUAGCAGGAAAGAAGUGGAUGUAAAUGAGGAUGUGAAAUGGGGGUUGAAUUUCAUGGCUGCUUGCCUCAGAGUCAUGAACUCUUCCAUUAAUUCAGUCAUAUUCAAUGCUGGUAGUGGAAGGUACAGGAAGGCCUUUAAGCAAGCCUUCUGCUGCAGAAAGAGGCAGCAAGUACCAACAAACAAUAUCCCUCUGCAGACAUUACCAAGAACAGAUCCUGCUGAUCGGAUCAGAUCAUAGGAUCCAAAAGCAAAACUAC